AUGCAUCCCAUGCCACCGCCUGGGCUACAGCCCUGGCAACAGCCCAGACCACUGCUUCCACUUCCACCCGACUUUUACGCCGACGUCGACAGCGACUCGAAAACUACGCGGGAAGCCGAUUUCAACUUUCGACUUGGCACUCGACGAGUUGCGGCGCGCGGGAAGGUGUGCGGCCACCACCCCAAUGUGGUGUUUCUGCGCGUGCUGCCGAGCACGCUCGGCCGACUUUCCGAUUGCCUGUCCCGCCUCCUCCCUGCAACGUGGAGAGACCGCUUCGAGGCGCGAUGGCCCGAAUGGUUCCUACCCGACCGCAUUAUUUUGAAGAGAGAGAAGCCCGACUGGAAGGAAGAAUUCGACAAUGAGGUGGGAAUGUACAAGCUGCUGGCCCCCUUGGGCGGACAUGUCGUGCCCAAGCUUUACGGCCAGACUGAGUACCCGGGCACAGACGACGUCAGGAGGCGCGCACUUAUCAUAUCAGACAUCGGCGGGAUCCCACUAGGCGAGCCCGAGGUGGGCUCGCUUCCCCUCGGUCGCGUCGAAAAGAUGCUGAAUGACGCGUUCCAAUCAAUCGCCGACGCCGGGGUUAAUUAUUGCGACGCGAAGCUGGACAAUAUACAUGUGGUGGACGACAGGAUCAUGCUUAUCGAUUUUGAUACGUCGGAGCCGGUAAUAGAGGACAUGGAUCCAGAGUAUUGCGCAUAUACUGCCGUUAAUCACGUUCUGAGGCAAAAGUUUCGGAGCCGUGGCCAACAGGGCUCCGCAGCCGCUCGUUGGGAAAGCAGGACAGUAGGCGAAUAUAAAGCUAGGGUAUGCGCGGUUGAGUGUGUAGGAUAGC